AUGCCUGAAUAUGCCGUGACCCACCACUCAAAUAGACCUCUGCAUAAUACUCCGUCCCCUUUGGAGGAUUGGUAUCAUUCUCACUGCAAUUCCUAUCAAAAUGAGUCCCAAUCUCGGGAAUUGCCAACUUACAGGUGGGUUCGGGGGCCUCCGUCUCCUGCGGUGGCCACUCGACGUGGAACGACUUAUUACGCGGAAUUAUCCAUUGUGUAUCCGGAAAGUAGUCACCUUCUAGAAAUUCGAUCGAUCAAGAAGUGGGCUGAGUUUUAG